UUUUAUUGUUUUGGUCCAUUAGGGUUCUGAGUUUUUAUCCUUCGACUUCUGAACCUCUUAAGCCCAUCAUCUUCUCCCCUCUCCCUCCACAAUUUCAAAAAUACUUCUCAACUUUGAUCGAUAAACCCUAAACCCUACUGCGCACUUGUUGUUCUGACUCUUCAUUACGCCAUUUGUUUUGACCUCAGUUCUUCACAAGACUUUCUAAAUGGAUACCCCUACAGAUAAUAAUGAAUUGGCGAAUUCAGAGAGACAACCUAAUAAACGCAGGAGAAAGAAAUCCAUUGUCUGGGAACACUUUACUCUUGAAGCUGUUAAUGGUGACUGUACGAGGGCCUAUUGUAACCAGUGCAGAAAAUCAUUUGCUUAUGUUACUGGCACAAAAUUAGCAGGCACUAGCCAUCUUAAACGGCACAUUGCCUUGGGUAUCUGUCCUGUGAGUCGGCUCAACCAGGAUACAAAUCAAUUAGCUCCAUACAAUCCUGCUUCCCAAACUCGGGGUACUGCUAAUGGUGCUGAUAGACCAAGAAAAUACUCCAGAGCAACUUCCACAUCAACAAGUACUCCUUUUGAUCAGAACGCCUGCAACUAUAUGAUUGCUAAAAUGGUAAUCGAGCAUGACUACCCACUUCACAUUGUAGAAGACACCGGAUUUAUUAACUUUGCACAGGCUCUUCAGCCACAAUUUAAUUCAAGUGUUGCUGCCAUUGAAGAGCUUGUUAUGAGUAUUUAUUCCAGAGGUAAACAGAGCAUUUUGAACCUCCUUAAUGGAAUUCCUGGGCGGAUUAGUCUUACAUUGGAUGUAAGAACUUCAGUUCAAAGCAUAAGCUAUGUAUUGCUAACUGGAUAUUUUAUUGACUUCCAGUGGAAAUUUCAUCGGCGUCUUCUUAAUGUUAUCAAGAUACCUUUCCCUGAUUCAGAUUUUGCUUUCAGUCAUGCUGUGGCUACCUGUCUAGUUGAUUGGUGUUUGGAGAACAAGCUAUUCACUGUGGCUCUUGAUCAGUCAUUUGCAAACGAAGCUGUUAAAGACAAUCUAAGGAGUUUAUUGUCAAUAAAAAAUCCUAUCCUCAAUGGGCAGCUUGUAAUUGGAAAUUGUUAUGCCCGAGUUUUGAGUCAGCUUGCAAAAGAUGCAUUAGAGUCCAUGACACAAAUUGUUGAGAAAGUUCGUCAAAGUGUUAAGUAUGUGAUAACAGAAGAUGCCCAUGAGAAAAAGUUUCUUGAACUGAAACAGCAGCUUCAAGUGCCGAGUGUGAAGGAACUAACAAUUGAUGACUAUACAAAAUGGGAUACUACCUAUCAGAUGCUGACAGCUGCAUCUGAGUUAAAGGAAGUAUUUUCUUGCUUAGAUACUUAUGAUCCGGAUUAUACAGUAACUCUAUCAAUGGAUGAAUGGAAACAGGUUGAAGUUCUGUGUCACUAUCUGACACUUUUCUUUAAUGCUGUCAACGUUUUAGCUGGCCCAAUGUACCCAACGGCCAAUGUGUUCUAUAAUAAAGUGUGUACAAUUCAGCAUAAACUGAAGCAUGCAGCAUCUAGCCAUGACCAUUUUGUUAGCAGUUUCACGAGACCGUUGCAGGAGACAUUUGAUGAAUAUUGGAAAGAUUGCAGCCUUGUAUUAGCUGUUGCCGCUGUUAUGGAUCCUAGGUUCAAGAUGAAGCUUGUGGAGCAUAGCUUUUCAAAGAUUUAUGACACAGAAGCGGAGACUUGGAUCAGGAUUGUUGAUGAUGGAUUGCAUGAGCUAUUUCUUGACUAUUUUGUGCAAUCACUUCCUCCGCCUAUUUUUCUGGAAGAUGGAAUUGAACCCGAUAUAAAGUCAGAGGCAUCUCAAGAAGAUAAUUUUCUUACUGGAGAUUGCUUCUCAGAUUUUGAUGUAUAUGUCAAUGAUUUUUCAAGCAACCAGCAUCAAAUGAAAUCAGAACUAGAUCAGUAUCUUGACGAAUUGCUUAUGCCUUUCCGCCAAGAUUUUGAUGUUUUAGAUUGGUGGGAAACCAAUAGGUUUAAGUACCCAAUUCUCUCGAAAAUGGCAUCUGAUAUUUUGUCUAUUCCAGUCUCUACUGUUCCUCCAGAUUCCCUCUUUGAUACUGUAAAAAGGAAUGUGGAUAGUUUCCAAAGUUCAUUGAGGCCAACAACACUGGAGGCCCUUAUAUGUGCAAAGGAUUGGAUGCAGUAUGAGACUUUGGAACCACAGCCAGUAGGAAUCCCAACAGAAAUUGUUAAAAUAGAGUAUUAGUAUUCUUUCAAUUGUAAUUUGUUUUUGACAUUUUUGAACAGAAGGUUAUAUAGGUCAAUUAUAUUCUUUUUCCCAUUA